AAUGAUGUGAUUUGUGAGAUCCACCACAACACGUGCCCCGUAGCUCAUGCGACACUUUUUUUAUGCUUUUAACACCUUCGUGUGCGACAAUCUUGUCACCUUCUCCUCUGUGCGAUCACCACCUUUGAACAAAUAGAAGCGCAAAGGCAAUUAAUUCGCGGUGCAAUAAUGCGGUGCUUGUGAGGAAUUUCUACUUCGAAGAAGACACAUUUGAGAAAGGAAUUGCGCUGUGUUUGUGUGACUUUUUUUCAUCAACAACAAGAAACUGUCAAGAAAAAUUAUGGAAAUGUUCCUCAAGAUCGCCAAGAUAUUCCCGCAAGUUGCCUGAGAAGAUCGCAAAAAGAUCGCGCCAUUGCAGUCUCCAAGAAGAUCAUCUGAAGAUCAUUUUGUGCCGUAAAGAUGAAUCAACAGUGCAAAGUGUGCGGAGAACCAGCGGCUGGAUUUCACUUUGGUGCAUUCACCUGUGAGGGUUGCAAGUCCUUCUUCGGACGGACGUACAACAACCUCUCGUCAAUUUCGGAGUGCAAGAACAACGGUGAGUGUGUGAUCAAUAAGAAGAAUCGAACAGCCUGUAAGGCAUGUCGCCUUCGGAAGUGCCUCGUAGUUGGGAUGUCGAAAAGUGGCUCACGGUAUGGGCGUCGAUCGAAUUGGUUCAAAAUCCACUGCCUCCUCCAGGAGCAGCAGGCACAGGUGAAUCAGAAAGCUGGCCCACCGGGUGGUGAUGCGAGUGCAAAUCUCCUUGCAAAUGCCUCCUUCCUCCCGGCGCAUUUUCUCUCCAAUCUCAAUCUGGGCAAACACUCAGCACCGUGGCGCCAUCAGAAUCCCCGACAGAGGAACUCAGAUGCAUCGAGAUGCGCUACAAGCUCACCCAGUGAUUCGGGAGCCUCCUCAGCGGAUCCCGAGGAGGGUAGUUGUCGUUCUGUGGGAAGUGCGAGUGCGGAAUCCAAGACGGAGCAUUCAUCUGUCUCAAGUAGAGCUGCAGAGGUUUUCCGACCCGGUAUUGACCCACUGUCACCCUACUGCCGUACUGAUGCCUUCCUACGGCUACCACCACUGCAACUACCCCCGCAUGUGGCACUACCCCUGCUCUCAACCACAUCAGAACAAGAGGAACCCAUUGAUCUCUCCAUGAAGACCUCCCCGCGUCAUUCACCACCUCGAAAACGUGCUCGUACCGAAUCUCCACCACCUGUGACGCUCCUCGAGUCAGCUAAGCCAGUCCCAUUGGAUCUCACGUGCACCCGCACCCCCAAUCCACCCCUCAUUGGAUGAGGAAGGUGGGAAUUAAAGGAAGAGAAAUUCAAAAAGAAAACCCAAUUUGGGACUUUAUGCCAGUUCUACCCCAAGGAAUCCCAGUCCCGGGUAAGGGAUAAAAAAAGCCAGUACGAUUGUGUGAUGUACAAAAAAAUGUCAGCAAGCACAGUCCCCGUAGUAGUCAGCAACUUAAUCCCUCUAUGCGAGCUUUAGGGGUGUAGGUAAGGUUAAUCCAAAUUUACAUUCAGAUUUUUUUUUGUUGAUUUUGAAGGUGUGAAAAGUCUUUAUUUUACCCAAAAUCGAAUGGAUACGAUUGAAGAAGACUUUUGAAACUUUAAACAUAAAAUUUUAAGAAUUUUGUUUGAGAAUUAAGAAACUGAAAUUAAUUUUAAGAAUUAACUUUUCUAGUUUUUUCAAGAAUUUCUUAUAUUUUUCUUAAUGAUUAUUUUCGAUUUAAAUAAAAUCAUUUUUCAUUCAAAUGCCAUUUCUGAUUCAUGUCAAAUAUUAUUCGAUAAAUAAUAUCAAGAGCAAAAAUAGCAAUAUAUAGUAAACAUAUGAAUAUAUGUAGCUUCAGUUCUUCUUUAAAGGUUUAUCGAAAGAUCAUACACACACAUUACAUGUCCUUGAAUACCUACAAUUUAAAUGUAAAAGAUUGGAACGUCUUCCAUAGUUUAUGUGUGUAGUUUAAUUGAUCUUCCGAGGUUUUAGCAAAUGGUAUAUAAGAUAAAAUUAGCAAUGUUAAUCCUUGUGAAACAAAUGCCAUUCGACUAAAUGCGGAAGUCUUCAAUUAAUGUUUACGCAGUUGCGCGAAAGAGCAAACGCGAGUCUGCUAAACCUCUUGCGGCCCUUCCCAACACAUCAAAGACAAUACCCUCGUGAAUGUUGCUGACUAUGGCGGCGACCUGUGAUCGUCUUAAUUUAUUCACCUACCCCAUUGCGUGUGCGCCCAAACAAAUAAUAGACAAUCAAUGGAAGAAGAGUGUACAAUUGCCGAUUAAAUUAGUUAAUGAUAUUUGUACCUCUUGACCCUCGCGCACAGCAUAGAGAGUGAGAGAGAGAGAGAGAGAUAUGUGAAGUAUUUAUUUGUUAAUUAUUUUUCCUAUAUGGCUGCAAAUCACUCUCGAUUGUAGAAAUUUGCUUUUAAAGCUGAAGAGACGAAGAAGAAGAAGUAGAAAAAAACAAGACUUAUGAAUAGAAUUGUGUAAAUAGUUGAAUAAGAUGAAGAUGAGAAAAAAACUAUCAUUCCUAGACAGUUUAAGAUAUUAAUGAUAUUUUUGUUGAUAACUCAUGACAUUUCAUCCUCGAUCUUUUUUUUGGGAUUUUGCAAUGGGUUUGUCAAGAGAGAGAGAAGAGAUAGAAAAAAAAGCAGGAGACAGAGUGUUGAAGAUGUGUGGAUGAAUGCGAGGAAAACCCAUUGAAAUCCAAGAAGAUUUUUUUUGAGUAAAGAUGAAAAAUAAUUUACAAUUUCUAGACUUUUUUUUUCAUAUAAAAGAAAAUGAUUUUUUUGUGUAAUUUUGUAAAGAUGAAAGAUGUUAAUAUAUUGCGUUUUUUUAUAUCAAA